CGCUGCCGGUGUUACUGUUAAAGUGGUGACUGAAUUAACUGGUGACAUGAUUAUUCCUGUAGUCCUCGUUUUUAACUAAUUUGCAGUUUGAAGAGAUCCCUGUGAAAACAAUGUGCAGGAUGGUGAUGUUUAAAACUACGCUCCGAAGUAUAUCUGCACAAUACAAUACGUAACGUUAGGCUACAUAAACAAAGUAAUCGGAACGUAUUUCCUGGUUAUCAGGACACAGCUACGUCACAUGUUGAAUAUGUCACCAGUUAAUUUAGUUACCACUUAAACCUUAACACACCGGUUGUCGCUGUGUCUAUGUCUAUGUCGGCCUAUGUGCUGUAUCUAUUUUCUGUGAUCCGUUCAGGGCAGGAUAUGUAGCUAGGCUAUGUGGAAAUGUAGGACAUUGAACUGCUGGCAAAUCGCCGAUCAGGGUGUUCAACGCACCCCCGUUUCAGUUUAAAAAGACGUGUUGCUACGUUUUGUCGGGGCUGAACGUGGUCAUGGUGUAAUUAGUCCGCCUGGGUAACAUUAUUCAUGUCUCACGGGAAAGAAACAAUGUUUUUGUUCGUUGUUUUUUGCAGUUUUGCUUUAACGUCGGCCGUCAAUCAAACAGAGUCUGAAGUGGACUCCUGGUAUGUUGCUGCUGUAUAUGAGCACAACUUAAUCCUGAACCCGGAGCCUGAUGUCCCCAUGUCCCGCCUCGAUGCCCUGCAGCACAUGCAGAAAAACCUGGAUAUCUACGAGGGGCAGGCUGCCCAGGCUGCUCAGCAGGGUGCCCAGAUCCUGGUGUUUCCAGAAGAUGGUCUUCAUGGUUUUAACUUCAGCCGUUCUUCCAUCUCUGGCUACCUAGAAACCAUUCCUGAUCCCCAGCAGGAGAGCUGGAACCCCUGCACAGAGCCGGGCAAAUACAACAACACUGAGGUUCUCCAGCGGCUGAGCUGUAUGGCCCGUCGUAACAAGCUCUACCUGGUGGCCAACAUGGCUGACCUGCAGCCCUGCCCCCUGAAGACUGACCCCACCUCCUCCUGUCCCUCUGAUGGACACUGGCAGUUCAACACCAACGUGGUUUUCAGGUCAGAUGGUCUGCUGGUGGCUCGCUACCAUAAACAUAACCUCUACUUUGAGGAGGCCUUCGAUACGCCGCCGCAGCCUGAGAUCAUAACGUUUGAUACACCUUUUGCUGGAAGGUUUGGUCUCAUGAUCUGCUUUGACAUCCUGUUCUACAAGCCCACAGUUGCCCUGGUGGAGAAGGGUGUGCGUCAGCUGAUCUACCCUACAGCCUGGAUGAACCAGCUCCCCCUUCUGGACGCGGUCCAGGUCCAGCAGGCAUUCAGCUUAGGUGCCAAUGUCACCCUGCUAGCGGCCAACAUUCGUAACGACCAACUGAACAUGAGAGGAAGUGGUAUCUACACCCUUUUUUCUGCCACCUACCACCACGCCAAGAAAGGAGACCCAGAGGAGGGCAGGCUGCUGGUGGCAAGGGUGCCAGUCUUAGACCCACUGUGGGUGGGGAAGAAUGUAACCACAAAGGAGGGGGUAGUUAGGAGUGAGUCCACAUCAUCUACUGCUACAGACUCUGGAUUCUGUCACCAAGAGAGCUGUUCUGAUUCUCCCCCUCCUGAAACUGCUUCAUCAGUUCCUCCCUCCUCUGCCACCUUCAUCUCAUCCAUGAUGUACGAUCCAUUUACAUUUGUCCUCUUGAACGAGACAGAGGGCAAAGUGAAUGUGUGUAAUGGCACCUUUUGCUGUCACCUGCAGUACCAGCGGUUACCACAGGGUGACAGUAAAGCGCUCUAUGCAUUGGGCGCAUUUGCUGGAACACACACUGUGAACGGACGCUACGCCCUCCAGGUGUGUGCACUAGUCCGCUGUGCAGGGUUGGACAUCAGUUCCUGUGGACAGGAAGUGGAAGAGGCUGAGUCUAAAAUGGACUUCCUGUUGGAGGGGAAGUUUGGGACCAGAUAUGUGUACCCAUCCGUUUUGGCUAGCAAGAUGGUCCUGGAGCAGCCAGAGCAUCUGGAAACAGCUGCAGAUGGCAGAGUGACCAUGAAACACUCAAACAUGACUGGUGGCCUGGUCACUGCCUGUCUGUACGGACGAAUGUAUCACCUGGACAAUGAAUGAACUGCUUUGGAGUAGAUAAGUGUAUCAGGAGAAAACUACAAAAUGCAUUUCCUGCGUAAAAUACUUGUGAAUGAUGAAUAGCUACAUUUCUAAAGCUAAACUGGAGGUGAAAAAGUGAGAAUAGUUGGAAAAGUGGGAAUGGUUUUAAUUAGUAUGAAUUUUAUUGAAAUGUUGAAUAAUACCAAUUAUGUAUCAAACUGAAGUGGAUAUUUUGAUUUUUUUUUGCAAAGCUGUCACUACUCUGAAUUGCUGGUUAAGAUGUGCAAGGUGA